AUGUCCGGCAAGGCCACGGGCUCACAACCAAACGGCAACGGCUCGGCAAACAGCCGCAGCCAUCACGACGGUAGCGCAGGACGAGCCUUCACAGUCGAGCAAAAAGCCGCCGUGAUACGUAUAAAACGCUGCGGCCCCACGGCCUACUACGAGAUCCUCGGCCUGGAGGCAGUAAAAUCCACCUGCUCAGACGGCGACAUCAAGAAGGCGUAUAGAAAACUGAGUUUACUCACCCAUCCGGAUAAGAAUGGGUAUGAUGGCGCGGACGAGGCGUUUAAGCUGGUCAGCAAGGCGUUUCAGGUGUUGAGUGAUCCGGAUAAGAAGAAGAAGUUUGAUCAGUUUGGGGGAGAUCCCGAUGCGAGGUUUAAUCCCGCCGCGGCGGGUGGUGGAGGAGGCGGUGGGGCGAGUCCUUUCGGAGGUGGGUUUGGAAGGAGAGGAGGUGGAGGGGGGAUGUUUGGGGAAGAAGAGAUGACGCCUGAGGAGCUGUUUAGACAGUUCUUUGGUGGAGCGUUCGGCGGGCCUUUCGGCGGCUUCGACACAGGACCAGGCUUCGUGUUCAACCUCGGCGGCGGCCCUGGUGUGCGCGUCCAUCAAUUUGGCGGCGGCCGCCCACGCAGAAGACCCGGAACCGCACAGCCCGCUGGCUCAGAAACGGAACAAAGCGCGUCCUCGGCCUUCACCAGCCUCCUGCCCCUCCUCUUCCUCUUCGUCCUCCCGCUCCUCUCCUCCUUGUUCUCCGGCUCCUCGACCGCAGCCGGCCCAUCGGUCGUCCUAGAGCACGCGCGCCCUCCCAACACGCUACAGCGCACGUCGAGUAGGCUAAAAGUACACUAUUUUGUCGAUCCAAAGGACGUACACGACUACAACCCGAAGAAGUGGCGGAAGCUGGAUGAACAGGCGGAAUACCAGUAUGUCCAUAACACUAAGGUGCGGUGUCAGACGGAGCGCUACCAGCAGCGCAGAGCCAUGGAAGAUGCACAGGGUUGGUUCUUUGUAGAUGAGGAUGCGAUGGAGAGGGCGCGCAAGAUGGACCUUAAGAAUUGUCACACACUGCGUAAACUGGGUGUUGCCAUUGAGUAG